CCUUCUGCAGGGUCCCACCCGGAGCUUUCAGUCAUGGUCUUCGAGUCUCUGGUCAGCGACCUGCUCAACAGGUUCAUCGGAGACUACGUGGAGAAUCUAGACAAGUCCCAGCUCAAGAUCGGGAUCUGGGGAGGAAAUGUUGUCCUGGAGAACCUGAAGGUGAAGGAGAACGCUCUGAGUGAGUUUGAUGUUCCGUUCAAAGUGAAGGCCGGACAGAUCGGGAAGCUGACGUUGAAGAUUCCCUGGAAGAAUCUCUACAAUGACGCUGUGGUUGCCACGCUGGACGGUCUGUACCUGCUGGUUGUUCCUGGAGCCACUGGGUCUGAGCUGAAAACGUGUCCAUACAACGCGAUCAAGUUCGAUGCAGCGAAGGAGGAGCGCUACCAGCAGGAGGCCAAGCAGAGAGAGCUGCAACGCAUCGAGGAGGCGCUACAGAUGGCUGCACGCAGAGCGUCUCAAACUGGAGAUCUGCUGUUCAGUCUGGAGAGUGUUGUUUACAAGGAGCCGCACAACGUCUCAAAAGGAUUUAAAAAACAUAAAAAGGCCAAAAAAGGCCUGAAGAAGCUGAAACGACAUGACAACAGAACAGAGAAACCUCAGGAGGACAAGAAGGACACUUUUGUGGAGAAACUGGCCACUCAAGUGAUCAAAAACCUACAGGUGAAGAUCAGCAGCAUCCACCUGCGCUAUGAGGAUGACCUGUCAGACCCACAACGCCCCCUGUCGAUAGGACUUACACUGUCAGAGCUCAGCCUGCAGACGGCUGAUGAAAACUGGAAGUCUUGCAUCCUGAAUGAGGCAGCAAAGAUCAUCUACAAGCUGGGUCGUCUGGAGUGUCUCUGUGCCUACUGGAACGUCAACAGUCCAAUCUUUUACAAAGAAUCAUGGGAAGACAUCGUGGGUCACUUGAAGAGUGGGAUCAGCAGUAAGGACCAGGAACUCCCUCACUAUCAGUACAUUUUCAAGCCGAUCUUUGCUUCUGCUAAAAUGAUCAUCAACCCGAACGCAGAGUUGGAGCUGAAAAGUCCCAAAGCUGACCUGCACCUGGAGGUUCAGAACAUCGCCAUUGAGAUGACCAAACCACAGUACCUGACCAUGGUGGAGCUGCUGGAGUCCAUUGACUGCAUGGUGAAGAAUGCCCCCUACAGGAAGUUCAGGCCUGACGUCUGCAUCCAGAACAGUGCCAGACUCUGGUGGAAGUACGCCUUCAACAGCAUCAUGGAGGUCCACAUCAGACGCUUCAGUCACAUGUGGUCCUGGUCUAACAUCAGACAGCACCGAGAGAACCUGAAGGCAUACAGGACCGCCUACAAGACCAAACUGCUGAGUCAGAACAAACCAAACCAAGACACAGAGCGACAUGUCCAGGAGCUGGAGAAAGUUCUGGACGUCUUCAACAUCACGUUGGCCCGGCAGCAGGCCCAGAUGGAGGUAUACCGGUCUGGACAGAAGGUGGUGGGGAAGAAAGCGGUGGGGGGGCAGAAGCAGGCAGGAGGAGGUUUUUUCAGCAGCUUCUUUGGUAGAAAGGCCAAGAAGGAGGAGCAGGAGCCAGAGGAGAGCAAGGAGAUGGAGAGUUCAGGGUUGGAGGACCUCAUGACGGCUGAGGAAAAAGAUAAACUGUACACUGCUAUCGGCUACAGUGGCAGCUCCCACAAUCUUGCUUUACCCAAACAGUACGUGGCCGUGGUUGUCACCUUCCAGCUCUUCAGGACCUCAGUGACGAUCAGAGAGCAACCGGACGUCCCAGAGAUCCUUAAAGUCCAGAUGAUCGACCUCAGCACUAGAAUCUCUCAGAGACCUGGAGCCCAGGCCUUCAGGGUGGAGGCGGCGCUGCAGCACUGGUACGUUACAGGUUUACUCCAGCAGGGGGCGGUACCUUCACUCAUCGCCUCAGUGGGAGACGCCUCUUCCUCUCUGCUUAGCGUCCUGUUCGAGUUAAAUCCUGAGGAGAGUGCGGCCGACCAGCUGCUCAGAGUUCACUCUCAGCCUGUGGAGAUUAUCUACGACGCGUUGACCGUCAACAGUCUGGGCGAGUUCUUUAAGACAGGGAAAGGUGUGGAUCUGGAGGUGCUGACCUCAGCCACACUCUCCAAACUGGAGGAGAUCAAAGAGAAAACUGCCACAGGCUUGUCUCACAUCAUUGAGACCAGGAAGGUCCUGGACCUGAGGAUCGACCUGAAGCCAUCCUACCUGCUACUACCAAAGUGUGGUUUCUAUAGCAACACAUCGGACCUGAUCAUCGUGGACUUCGGCAGCCUGCAGUUGAACAGUGUUGAGCAGAGCAGUCUUAGUUCGUCUUCGUCUUCCUUCUCCUCUCUGGAGGAAAUCAUGGAUAGGGCCUAUGAGAGAUACAGCGUGGAGCUACGAAGAGUCCAGGUGCUAUACAGCAAGUCAGGUGAGGCUUGGAAGUCGGCUCGGCUGCAGGGUUCAUCAGUUCAACACAUCCUCCAGCCGAUGGACUUCACUGUCCAGCUGGCCAAGUGUAUGGUGGAGAAAGAUGCCAGGAUGCCCAGGUUCAAGGUGUCAGGGGAGCUGCCACUGCUGCACAUUAAGAUUUCGGACCAGAAGAUCCAGAACAUUCUGGACCUGGUUGACAGCAUUCCUCUGCCCAACAUGGGCUCCUCCCCCUCCACCCCCACAAAGAAGGUGUUGUCAGUGGCAGCGGUCAGACCACAAGCACUCGGCCUUCACCCCACACUCCUCGACACUUUGGAAACCGAUUCAGAUGAAGACACCAGUGAGAAGUCGAUAGAUGAGGAUUACCAGCUCUCAGCUUUGGAGGAACUCACUGACCUUCACUUCAAGUUUGAAGUCAAAGAGGUGCUGUUGGAGCUGACCCGACAAGUGGACCAGGAGAAAACCAUCCUGUCCCUCAGUGUCCGUCAGCUGGGAGCUGAAGGGAAGAGGCGGAGCUUCGACACAAGUGUCACCUCAUACCUGCGCAGAAUCACACUCGACUACUGCGACAUACCAGACAGCAUGAAUCGUCCUCUCCACCUGAUCAGCUCCUCCGAGCAGCAGGGCUCCGACUUGCUAAAGGUGGAGUUCAUCAAGGCCGACCCCAGUGGUCCCAGCUUCCAGAAUCUUUUCAACAACACUGAACAAACCCUGAAGGUGGAGUUUUCCUCUUUGGACUUCCUCCUUCACACUAAAGCUCUGCUUUCAACCAUCACGUACCUGACCGGUGUCUUGCCACCAAAACUCUCUACCCCACGUGACCAGAAUACCAAACAACAGGUGGAGAAGAGCGGACAGGGCCGUCCAGUGCCUAAAGGAGCCAAAGAUGGCGGCGUGUUCAGCUUUAAGCUGUUCGCCAUGUUGGGCUGUUUCCAUGUGGAAGUAUGUGACGAUCGCCAUAGCAUUGCUGAUAUCAGAGUCCAAGGAAUCGAUGCAUCGGUGUUGGUGCAGGCCAAGGAGACGGAGGUGUUCGCUCGACUCCGAGACAUCGUUGUCACAGACGUCAACCCCAAAACCAUCCACAGAAAGGCGGUGUCCAUCAUGGGGGAGGAGGUGUUCAGCUUCAAACUGUGCUUGUUUCCGGGGGCGACGGAGGGGGACGGUUACAGCGACAUGUCAAAGGUGGACGGGAAGGUCACACUGCGUCUGGGCUGCAUCCAGAUCAUCUACCUGCACAAGUUCCUGAUGUCCCUGCUGGCUUCUUUUAGCUUUCAGUAUUGGUCUGCUGAUGAGAUGUUCAUUGAUAACUUCCAGACGGCUAAAGAAGCUCUGAGCGCUGCAACAGCUCAGGCAGCGGAGAAGGCAGCAUCCAGCGUGCGAGGCUUCGCCCAGAAGAGUUUUCGUCUGUCCAUGGACAUCAAGCUGAAGGCUCCACUAAUCAUCAUCCCACAGUCCUCAACCUCCCACAAUGCUGUGGUGGUGGAUCUGGGUCUGAUCACGGUGGGGAACAGCUUUUCUCUGCUGCAGGCUGAAGGUUUCUCUCUGCCGGCAGUGGUGGAGAAGAUGGACGUCAAACUGACUCAGCUGAAACUCUCCAGAACCACGCUGAAGCCAGGCUCCUCUCAGCCCGACAUCGCGAUCCUCCAGCCGAUCAACUUGGAGCUGCUCGUCAUCAGGAACCUGGCUGCUUUGUGGUUUACCAAGAUCGCUGGAGUCCAGGUCCAGGGAGUCCUCCGUUCCCUCACCAUGAGUCUGGGUGAGGAAGACCUCAGCGUGCUGAUGAAGAUCCUGCUGGAGAACGUCGGGGAAGGAAGUAAAGAACACAGCAUGGACGUCAGGAGACAGGUGGCUCAAGAGAAGGCGGAGCUUGCUCAGCAGCAGGCUGAGGUGGUGUCUUUACCAACAAAGUCUGAUGGUGUGUUGGCCACCACCGAUGGAGGUCUGACGGAAAACACGAUCAAUAUUCUCCUCAACUUUGAAAUCAAAGAGGUGUUGCUGACCCUUAAGAAGCCCAGAGAGCAGAAGGAGUCACCCUUCCUGGUUUUUCAGGUCGCUCAGCUGGGCAUCGACACCAGAGUCAGGAAGUAUGACAUGUGUGCCACAACUUACAUCAACAAGAUCACAAUGAAGUGCCUGGAGUUCAAAGACUCGAGUGGUGAGCCGCUGUGUCUCAUCAGCUCUUCAGUGGAGUCUGGAGCUGAACUGCUCAAAGUGCAGUAUUGCAAGGCCGACCGCUUGGGGCCGAACUUCUCCACCAUCUACAAGAACACGGAGCAGAUGGUCAACGUAACCUUUACCUCUCUCGACCUCAUGCUUCACACUGAGGCUCUGCUGUCAGCCAUCAACUUUCUGUCGGCAGCACUGUCAUUUGGCAGCGUCCCGUCUCCAGAGAGAGAGAUAAGACCAAAGACGGAGGACAAGAUGGUGUCAACAAAGUCCACUGCCCUGGUGUCACCUGCAGACAGUGAGGUCAUCGACCUGAAGGUGAUUAUGACGCUGGGAGCCUUUAAUGUCCUGGUGUGCGACCAGAGCUGCAACAUGGCUGACAUAAAGAUCCAAGGUUUUAAUGGCUCUUUGCUGAUGCAGGGACCACAGACUCAUUUAACCGCUUGCCUGAGAGAUUUCAUCGUCCUCAACGUUGAUCCCAAAAGCAUUCACAAGGAGGCCAUCUCCAUCAUGGGUGAUGAGGUGUUCAGCUUUACCAUGAGUCUGACUCCUAACGCCACAGAGGGGGCCGGUUACGCCGACACCUCCAAAACUGACGGCAGAGUGAAGCUGAGUGUGGGCUGCAUUCAGGUGGUUUACCUGCACAAAUUCAUCAUGUCUCUAGUGAACUUCACUAACAACUUCCAGACAGCUAAAGAAGCUCUGAGCGCUGCGACGGCUCAAGCAGCGGAGAAGGCAGCAUCCAGCGUGCGAGACUUUGCCCGGAAGAGUUUCCGUCUGUCCAUGGACAUCAAGCUGAAGGCUCCCCUCAUCAUCAUCCCACAGUCCUCCACGUCCCACAAUGCACUUGUUAUGGACCUGGGUCUGAUCACAGUGGGAAACAGCUUCUCUCUGCUGCCUGUGGAUGGUUGCCCGCUGCCAGCAGUCAUCGACAUCAUGAAUGUCCAGCUGACACAUCUCAAACUCUCCAGGACCUGUGGCGACUGGAAGUCGGGUCAUCCCAGCACCGAGCUGCUAGAACCAGUAAACCUGCACCUUAUCAUCAAGAGGAACCUGGCAGCUGCCUGGUUCAAGAAGAUGGUUGCCAUAGAAAUUGAUGGAGAUCUGAAGCCCAUGAAGGUGGAGCUCAGUCAGGGUGACCUAAAGGUGCUGCUGAGGAUCCUGAUGGAGAAUCUGGGAGAGGCUGGUGAUCUGGAGCCCACUGCCCAGAGACAGGGUGCCGGCGUGCAGCUGCAAGCAGCCGGAAGCUCCCCGACAGGUGAUGUUGGGAAGCCAACUGCAAUCAACGAGGAAGAGGAGGACGGAGCUCUGGAGACCAUGAAGUUUAACUUCAACAUUGAGUCUCUUGGACUGGUUCUGUACAGCAAUGACCCAGUUCAGCCAUCAGACCUGCAACACCAAGAAAGCCUCAGACUGGGCGAAUUCACCCUCCACCUCCUGAAGACGUCAGGGAGGAUCCUGAGCAACGGUAGCAUGGAGGUGGCCACGAUCCUUACCGCCUGCACUCUGGACGACCUGAGGAUGGGCAUGGAGAGGGUGACCUCACGGAUGGUCGGCCGGAGAGAUGAGCAGAGCUCUGAGGCCAUGAUUGAUGUGACAUAUCGACAGAGUGCUGGAGAGCGGGAGGUGGUUGCUGUUCUGCAGAAACUCAAUGUGUGUGCCAGCGUGGAGUUUCUGAUGGCAGUCACAGAUUUCUUCUUGCAGGCUCUGCCACAGAGUUCAUAUCCGACCUCUGCACCGAGUGACAGACUACCGCUGAGACAGACCGCCGAGCCGCGAGCCAGUGCCAAGACUGCCCCAACGGUUAGGACUCGUAUUCGAGCUGUUGUCGUGGACCCGGAGGUGGUGUUUGUGGCAAGUCUGAUGAAGGCUGAUGCCCCUGCCCUCGUGGCCUCAUUUCAGUGUGACUUCACCCUGCAAAUUGAUGACGACGGGUCACAGAACAUGAGAGCCAACCUGAGAGAGCUCAAGGUCCUUGCCUGCCCCUUCAUUCGAGACAAGGAGGCCAAGGCCGUAACCACUGUGUUGCGACCCUGCUCGGUUGCCUUGGAAACAAAAACCCUGCCCAGCCAGCCACUAAAAGGCUCAAUGAUGGUGGAGGAGGUCAUUGUAAAGAUCUCUCCGUUCAUCCUCAAUACUGUGAUGACUAUAACAGCCGCCAUGACGACAAAGCAGCGUGACGAGCAGAUGCAGGAGUCCAAGUCGAAGGUCAAUGACCUCUGGUCGGUCAUGAACAUCUACAGCUGUAACUUCUGGUUCCUGGGGGUUGACCAGGCCACUGAGGCCACCGAGAGCUUCAGAGAGCCAGAUGGUUGCAACCAGGGUGAGAGCUUUGCUGCAGAGGUCAAGGUGGUCCAGUUGACUCUGGAGUCUGGUUUGGGUCAUCGGACUGUCCCUCUGCUGCUGGCUGAGUCCUCCUUCAAUGGGUCAGCCACAAACUGGUCCUCUCUGCUGCAGCUGAGAGCCGACAUGACGCUGGAGGUGAACUACUUUAAUGAGAUCCAUGCAGUGUGGGAGCCUCUGAUUGAACAAGUUGACAGCGGCAGACGCAGGUGGAACCUGGAGCUUGAGAUGAAGAACAGCCCGGUCCAGGACAAGAGUCCCGUCCACGGGGAUGACUUUGUCAUUCUUCCAGAACCUCGCACAGCCAUCAACAUCUGCUCCAAAGACACCAUGAACAUCACCAUCUCUAAGUGCAGCCUGAACAUCCUGCACAACCUUGCUAAGGCAUUUUCUGAAGGCACAGCCUCCACCUUUGACUACUCUCUGAAGGAGAAGGCCCCCUUCACCAUCAGAAACACUCUCGGGAUCCCUCUCAUCGUGCAGCACAGUGCCAACCUGAGACAAGUGGGUCCAGCAUCUCAAGGCAAACUACACGAGCUGUCUGUGGAUCAGAGCAUGGACCUGGAACACUCCAUGUUCAAACCGUCGUCACGAGGAAAACUGUCGGCACUUCAACGUCAAGAGAGCUGCCUGUUCAACCUCACCAUCGUUCCUUCUGGAUACAGUGAGAUCUCCAACAUUGCUGUGGACAAACCAGGUCGCCGCCUCUACAACAUCCGUGGUCCAAUGCUGCAGGAGGCGGUUUCUGUGCUGCUGCAGAUCGAUGCUGCAGACGGCAAUAAGGUCAUCACUGUCCGUUCGCCACUGCAGAUAAAGAAUCACUUCUCUGUGCCGUUCACCAUCAUGAAGUACUGUCCAACAUCCAGGAGCCUGCAGAGCGUAGGACAGGCUGAACCAGAGAGAGAGUUUCACAUUGCCUUAGAAACAUACAGAUGUCAGUUAUUUGUGCGUCCAGCGGGAUGUCUGGAUGGUCAGUACGGCCCAUCAUCCACCUGCGUGGCGUGGAAGGAGCAGGUGCACCGCAGCUCUGAGGUGCGUUCAGUGCUUCAGUGUCCAGCGGUCGACAGCAGCCUGCUGCCGCUUAUGGUCAGCACGCUGGCCGUCCCUGAUGACCUACGACACAUUGCCAGCCACGGAGAGGAAGACUGGGACCCCGCCUACGUCAUCCACCUCCACCCCGUGGCCACGCUACGCAACCUACUACCCUACACCGUCCGCUACAUGAUGGAGAGCUCAGCAGACUCUUACGAGCUUCAGGAAGGCAGCACAUCGGACCUCCUGAAUGCUCGUGUCUCAGGUGAGAUCAUGUCGUUGGUGCUGAUGAGGUAUCAGGGUCGCGACUGGCACGGACACAUUCGUAUCGAACAGGAAACACCAGAGUUCUUCGCCGUGUGUCUCACCUGCGACUCAGACACCAGCAUGACCUUGGAUGUGAGCAUUCAUAUGACAAGAACAGCAAGCCGCCUGUUGCUCUCCCUCUUCAGCCCGUACUGGAUCAUCAACAAGACUUCUCGAGUGCUGCAGUACCGAGCUGAGGAUGUAAACGUCAAACACCCGGCUGACUGCCGAGACAUCAUCCUGUUUUCCUUUAGGAAGAAGAAUCUGUUCAGCAAAAGCAAGCUCCAGUUGUGUGUCUCCACCAGCUCCUGGUCUGAUGCCUUCUCUCUGGACACGGUGGGAAGUUAUGGCUGUGUUCGCUGUCCCGCCAACAGCAUGGACUUCCUGGUGGGUGUUAGUAUCCAGAUGAGCAGUUUUAACUUGACCAGGAUCGUCACAAUGAGUCCUUUCUACAAUCUGGUGAACAAGUCGUCAUAUGAGCUGGAGGUGGGAGAACUCACCAGCCAGACUUCCACCAGGUGGCACUACAUCGCCUCCACAGAGUGUCUCCCUCUGUGGCCCGAGAACCCUUCAGGGAAGUUGUGUGUCCGUGUGGUUGGAUCUGAAUCCACUUCCAAGUUCUUCUUCUUUAACCGCCAGGACAAUGGCACACUUCUGAGCCUCGACAUGUGCGGUGGGAUCAUUGUGGACGUCAACAUCUCUGAUCUCUCCACCGUCAUCGGCUUCACAGAUUAUUAUGAAGGAGCAGCUCCGGCUCUGCUGCUCAACCACACACCCUGGGUCACCAUCAGCUACAAGCAGAGCGGCUCAGCAGCAGUUCAUCAGCUGAACCCCGGUGAGGCUCGGCUGUUUGCGUGGGAUGACCCGUCAAGCAUCCGAACACUCAGCUGGAGCUGCAUGGAGCAUACUGGAGAGCUGGACCUGCUGAAGGACCAGAUGGGUCAGUUCUCCUAUGACAGCCUGUCUCAGGUCCACUGGGUCUCCUUCCUGGAUGGACGUCAGCGGGUGCUGCUGUUCACAGAGGAUGUUGCUGUGGUGACGAAGGCUCGGCAGGCUGAGGAGCUGGAACAGUUCCAACAGGAAGUGAAGGUAUCUCUACAGAACCUCGGACUGUCUCUGAUCAACAACACCGGCCGGCAGGAGAUCGCUUACAUCGGCAUCACCAGCUCAGGUGUGGUCUGGGAGAUGAAGCCAAAGAAUCGUUGGAAGCCGUUCAGUCAGAAAAACAUCAACCUGCUGGAGAAAACUUACCAGAGUCAGCUGAGUGGGAAGACUGAGGGGGGCUGGGUCAAACUGGAGACCAACCUAGAGGUGAACCUCAGCGGAGCCACCAUGAUGAUGCGUCAGCCAUAUUCCUGCCCGGUGAGGAGGAACUUCCUGUCUGGGAUCCAAGUAGAGUUCAAACAGUCGCUGCACCAGCGCAGCCUGAGGGCCCAGCUGCACUGGCUGCAGGUGGAUAACCAGCUGCCAGGUGCCAUCUUCCCUAUUGUCUUCCAUCCUGUUCCUCCUCCCAAAUCCAUCGCUCUGGACUCAGAGCCGAAGCCUUUCAUCGAUGUGUCCAUCAUCACCAGGUUCAACCAGCACAGCAGCGUCAUGCAGUUCAAGUACUUCAUGGCUCUGGUUCAGGAGAUGGCAGUGAAAAUUGAUCAGGGUUUCCUGGGAGCCAUCUUGGCUCUCUUCACACCUGCUGCUGACCCGCAGGCCGACAGACAGAAGUCACGGCUGCUAGACAGCGAUCUGCAGCUGCUGCAGGUGGAGCUGAUGGAGGCGUCACUCACAGACACGUCAGGACUCAGUUUCUUCGAACAUUUCCACAUCUCACCCAUCAAGCUCCAUCUCAGUCUGUCUCUCGGCUCCAGCGGUGACGACUCGGCUCAGGAGGUGGCAGCCAUUCAGUCUCUCAACCUGCUUCUAAAAAGUAUCGGAGCAACACUGACUGACGUUGAUGACCUUAUCUUCAAGCUGGCCUUCUUCGAGGUGAAGUACCAGUUUUACCGCAGAGAAAAGCUGAUGUGGGCAGUAGUCCGACACUACACUGAACAGUUCCUGAAGCAGAUGUAUGUUCUGGUUCUGGGUCUUGAUGUCUUGGGAAACCCAUUUGGACUGAUCCGAGGUCUGUCUGAGGGAGUGGAGGCCUUCUUCUAUGAACCCUUCCAGGGGGCUGUUCAGGGUCCAGAGGAGUUUGCUGAAGGUUUUGUGAUUGGAGUCCGUAGCCUGCUGGGUCACACCGUUGGUGGCGCCGCAGGAAUGGUCUCCAGGAUCACAGGCUCUGUUGGUAAAGGUCUGGCAGCCAUCACGAUGGAUAAAGAGUACCAACAGAAACGACGAGAGGAGAUGAACCGACCACCCAAAGACUUCGGAGAAAGUCUGGCUAAAGGAGGAAAAGGACUGCUGAAGGGAGUUGUGGGUGGAGUCACAGGCAUCGUCACCAAACCUGUGGAGGGGGCGAAGAAGGAAGGAGCAGCAGGUUUCUUUAAGGGCAUUGGUAAAGGCUUGGUGGGCGUGGUCGCUCGACCGACAGGCGGCAUUGUGGACAUGGCCAGCAGCACCUUCCAGGGCAUCCAGAGAGCCGCGGAGUCAACAGAGGAAGUCACCAAACUGCGGCCGGUGCGUCUGAUCAGGGAGGACGGGAUCAUCCGCCCGUAUGACCUGACAGAGUCGCAGGGUUUCGACCUUUUCCAGCGUUCAGAGAUCAAACAGCUGGACGGUGAAGUGUUCAGAGAUCAUGUUCAGUAUCCUGGACACAGAAAGACCAACAUCAUUGUCACCAACAGGAGGGUUCUGUGUGUGAAGGAGAUCGACUUCGUCGGUCAUUUCAACAAAGAGUGGGACUGUUUGUUUGAGAACUUCUCUCGGCCUGCAGCUGUGUCGGGAUCAGAGCUGAAGAUCUUCAGUAAGGAGCAGCAGAAGCUAAAGUUGAAGCGAGACGUUCAGGAGUCUGUGAGAAACAUUCAGCUCAGAGACCCAAGCACUGCUCAGAAGUUGCAUGCGGUCAUAUCAGAUGCUCAGGUGUCGCAGCAGCAGCAGCGAAUGGCGAGACAGAAGUCACAGCGCUUCCUGAAACUCAACAACAACCAGUGAUGUCACUUCUUGUCCCAAACCUGUGCAUCAGCACCCCAAUUCUAUCUCAUUACAUCAUAAUACAUUACAUCUUAUCAAAUGAUGUUAUAAUGUUAAACUCACUUUAUAUUCUCACAUUAUUAUUUUAUUUCAUUUUAUUUUUUGAAGUUGCUGUUUAUUAAAUCAGGUUCCUGGUCUUAUAAUAUUAUUUUGUAAACAGGUUAAUAUUCUGUUUCUCUAAUCAAAGAUUUAAAUUAACUUCCUGUUCAGCUGAUCCUGCUGACUCGGAAGACUUGUUGGUCUCAAUAAAGACACAGUCCUGAUACUGUGAGGCAUUCUGGGUAAAACCUGGAGUCACGUGAUUGUUGAUGUUCAUGCAGCUGAAAACUAAAUGAACUAAAAUUCAAAAAUCCAUCCUGCUGAUAAUAAUUUUAUCAAACUGUUUACUCUAUAAAUCUAUAAAUGUUCUUUUUCUGUUAUAUUUUAUUUUUUACUGCGCAUUUGCCGCUUCUCCUUUUGCCUGCAGGCUGCAUUGUGUAAAGCCAUAAAAUCAUUUUGCACUAAAGAAAUAUUUACAAUGUCAAUGUGUUGUUGAUGAAAAAUGUUUGCUGUCGUUAAACAUGACAAAUAAACAUAAAGAAGUUUGAUAUUGUAUUUGAUUCAACAAAAAAUAAAAUACUGAACUUCUGUUUACAAACUGAAGAAAGAAUGAAUGUUGUCACCUUUAAUCAGCUUGACUUUUAUUUUGAUAUUUUUUUUGUAACCAAGCACCUGUUUGUGACAGAAAAAAUGACCUGAGUAAAUUUUUUAUCAAGAAUUGGACAUCACCUCUGCUGUUAAUGAUUUGUUUUAUUGAUGAGCUGAUGGAUCUGAAUUAAUUUGUGUUUGUUUUGUUGAGUUUGUAAUGAGCUGCUUUUACUCUGAAAAUCCUUCAUAAAUACUAAAGUAAAACUUGAAGAGUAUUACAAGUUUAAACUGUGACAAUACUGUUCAGAUAGAAUAAUAAAAGGAGGCAACCUUA